AUGCCUACUGCAAAAGCACGAAAAAUCACGCAGGCCACAGCGCCUCCGCCUCCGCCUACUGCUCCCGCGCCCGCACUCUUACCCGCAGCUGGCGCAACGACGAAUGGGAAGAAGAAAAAGAAAAAGAAGAUCAAGGGGAAAGGCGUAGACCUGUCACUGUCGGCGUCAGCAGGAGCAGACGUGUACUACGACGACGACGAGGGCUCGGAUGGGCUGCCGCCGCUGGAGAGCGCGCCCGAGGCAGAGCUGGCAGUGACAUUGAGCCAUCUGAGCCACAGCGUGGAUGGGGCGGGGGUGGAUGAGGAGUCGCUGGUGUCGUCGCUCCCUGAGCACCUGCGACACUUUGUACGGAACCCUUCUUUGCAUCUGAGCUCCCUUGGUAACGCGGAACGAAAGACGCAGGCGAUGCGCGCGAUCGCACAGCAGAUCCAAGCACGGCGAGGACGAGCGCAGUCUACGCUCAGCUAUGAGCAGACGACGGUUUUCGCGACCCCCUCGCCACUGCCACUAUAUAAGAAGAAAAACAAGAAGAAGAAACGGCGGCGGUUCGGUCGCCGAUACCGGCCAUAUGUCGCCCACGAAGCCAAGGUCGCCUCUCGCGCUCUCCUACACGAGAUGGCCACCAUCUGGCCCGAGUCGUUCGCGGCCUCCGCAACGCAUCCCUUCCGAGAGACUGCAAACGGCGACGGAGACGUGAAUGCGUUCUUCAUGCAUGCGCACUUUAUUGUCGAGCGUGCACGAGAAGCGCUUCUGUGGAGCUGGGUCGUUGGACGGGUCGGCGCGCUCAAUGGGACCUGGGGCGAAGCGGAGGCUCGGUGCGCUUGGGAGGAAAUCGGUGGCACCUGGGGGGAGAGCGAUUUUCUCGUGGAGACUAGCCACCGGGAUACGCUCACGAGGGAUAGGGUCGAGAGGGUCCUGUUACAGAUGUCCGCUGCCGAGCUUGACCUCGUAUUCAUUCUGUAUGUGUAUCUUUGCUUGAUUGAAGGUGCCUAUGGCCGGCCAGAAUGGGUGUCAUUUGCCCCGGAGAUCAACGAGGGGCAUCUGCCCAGGUGCAGGAUAUCCUACGAGAAGUGUUUCGCGAUGGAGCAUCCGGAAUCUGAAGGCGAACAGCGACGUGCAAGCGAGAUCUUUACGGAUAUCGCGUUCCGCAAUGAGGCCUGUGGAGACUGCGCAAGCGGCAGCCAUGGCUUGUCGGCUUUCCUUCCUGCUGCCGAUCGUGUCCUUCCACCAAUGAACAAUGAGGAUGGCGAGCGAGAAGUGCCCUAUCUCCCCCUAGUCGCGAACUGGGAAGACGGCGACUUCUCCCUAUAUGCUGUUAUGGGCAUGAAGCGAGAGCUGAAUGCAAGACAGUGGGUACUGCAGCUCCUACAGCGCUAUCGCUAUGUGAUAGGCAAUACACUGUCGCUCUUCGAACGCGUCUCGAGCACCCAAGGAGCGGCGCAAGUCGUCGCACAUAUCGAGCGAACGCCCCACGUGGCUCUGCUUUGCAUCAAUGACGAUGCCAUGAAGGAGAGCCUGACUUCGCAGGUGACACAGGUGCUGAAAACAUGGUUCAAUAGACGGUGGAAGAAGCCAGCUGCUUGGGAACAGCGGUGA